GCCUGUGGGUAGUUGUGUACUUGCAUUCUUAGUUUAGAAGUUCUCUCCAAAUCUGUGUUUUUUGUCUGAAUGGAUAUUGCAUUAAAAAUGAUACCUUCCUUUUCUCUGCUUCUUGUUUCCUUGCUUCUUUUUGAACCAGUUGCAGUUGCAAGACUUUCCCAAUGGUCUAACAAGAAAAUAUCUGAUUCUCUGGGCAACGGAGAUCUUGUGACUGAAUUGCCUGGCCAGCCUAGUGUUGGCUUCAGACACUAUGCUGGGUAUGUGACAGUAAAUGAGAAUAAUGGAAGAGCACUCUUCUACUGGUUUUAUGAAUCUUUAACUCUACCUGAAGAAAAACCUUUAGUGCUCUGGCUUAAUGGAGGUCCGGGAUGUUCCUCUGUGGGAUAUGGGGCAACACAAGAGAUUGGACCUUUCCUUGUGGACUCUGAUGGAUCUGGCUUGACAGCUAAUCCAUACUCAUGGAACAGAGAAGCGAACUUGUUAUUCCUGGAAUCUCCAAUCGGUGUAGGCUUCUCAUAUUCAAAUAUGAGUGCUGAUUUUGUCAAUCUCGGAGAUGAUUUUGCAGCAAAUGAUGCAUAUACUUUCCUGCACAAGUGGUUUCUCAAGUUCCCAUCGUUUAGAACCCGAGCCUUUUACAUUGCUGGGGAGAGUUAUGCAGGGAAGUAUGUACCUCAGUUAGCUGAGCUCAUUGUUGACAAAAACAAAGAUCCUUCCCUUUCCAUCGAUCUUAGAGGAGUACUGCUUGGCAAUCCUGAAACAUCUGAUGCCGAGGACUGGAAGGGUAUAGUGGAUUAUGCUUGGAGCCAUGCUAUAAUAUCGGAUGAAACCCACAGCAUAAUCUUAGAAUCCUGUGAUUUCAAUAGCAAUGAUACAUGGAGCAAUAAGGAUUGUACUCAGGCUAUAGAUGAAGUAUAUAGACAGUACAAGGAGAUAGAUAUGUACAGCCUAUAUACAUCCGUUUGUAUAGACAGUUUGCCAAGUUCAGAUGACAAUUCAUCAGAAGCCGUUUUCAAGAGCUCAUCCAAGAUGGUGAUGCCGAGGCUUAUGGGUGGAUAUGACCCAUGUCUGGACGGUUACACAAAAUCGUAUUAUAAUAGACCAGAUGUUCAGAAGGCUCUUCAUGCUAGCGAUGGACACAACUUAAAGGACUGGAGAAUCUGCAACAUGUCGCUCUUCUAUGAUUGGUCAUACCAAAAGGAUUCUGUUCUUCCUAUAUAUCACAAACUCAUCGCAGCAGGACUUAAAAUAUGGGUCUACAGUGGAGACACAGAUGGAAGGGUCCCCGUUUUAUCUACAAGAUACAGCAUAAGCGCACUGGGUCUUCCCAUCACCCAAGCAUGGAGACCAUGGUACCAUCAAAAACAGGUUGGUGGAUGGGUUCAAGAGUAUAAAGGCCUAACUUUUGCUACUUUUAGAGGAGCGGGUCAUGCCGUGCCCACUUUUAAACCCAGCGAGUCGCUGGCGUUCUUCUCGUCGUUCAUUUCUGGAGCAUCUCUUCCUUUCCAGCGUAACCCUUAGCUGUCAAAAACAUUUUGAUGUUGUUGUAACAUAGUACGGAGUAACUGUUGGCUCUGUCAAAUCUGAUGAGUAGUAUGGAUAUAUAUAUAUAUAUAUAUAUAUAUGUAUGAGUGCUUUGUAACCUAAGCCAAAAGCGGAAGAGAAUAAUAAAUAAAAGAGGAAUAAAAAGAGAUGUAGUUUGAGCCUUAGCUAUCAUAAACCAUCUGAUCUCUUGUUUA